AUGACGAAAGCGGCCAAGCGCCGUCGGAUCGGAAUCGAGCUAGGCGUCGGCCUUCUUCUUCCGGUGCUCUACGUUGCACUCGCCGUUGUCAAUCAAGGUCAUCGAUACGAUAUCAUUCAGACAUUUGGACCGGUAAUCUCCAUCUUUCCUUCGGUGCUGUCCGUGAUUUUCUCGACCUUACCGAUCCUACUCGUCUCGGUGAUUGCAACGGUAUACGCAAUACUUUGCUCAUACUGGCUGUACUUACGCAGACGUCAGCUGAGUGCUGUGCUCUCUUCUUCUGGCUCGGGUAUCAACGUCUCUCAAUAUGUCCGACUCUUUGGUCUCAGCUGCGUCGAGAUUCUGUGGACGGUGCCGGUCAACUGGACAGUCCAGAUGCAGAAUUUGUUCAACAGAAACCCGGGCGGAAGUAUUCUCUAUCCUUAUACAUCUUGGGCAGAUGUGCACUACGACUUCGGUCGUAUCGGACAGUACCCAAUCGAACUACUACAACUAUCACCUGUCGGCAGACGCAAUCUUCCCAUUCUUUAUCUCGGCUCUCUGUCCAGUGCUAUUUCGUGUUUCUUAUUCUUCGGCUUCCUUGGCACGAGCACUGGUUUUACCAGAGAUAUCGUGACUCAUUUCAGCAAGUGGUGGAAUGCCAUAAUGCCGCCCAAGAGGCUCCCGAAACGAGAAGAUGCCUUGUCCAGGAGAAGACCUUCUUUCUCGGAGGAUCUAUCUCAUCCCCCACUCUCGCCCAACGAAGAGCUGAAGAUGAAGCAUCUGGAUGAUUCUCGAGUCGAUGACAUCCAUAUCGAGAACAGCGGAGAACUUACUGUGUACACGUUGCCCGAGCUUCCAAAGAUCGACUUGAUCCGCCCAUUAGGAAGGAAAACGACUGUUUGUCCCUUGAUUUCCGUCGUAGCUAAUCGAUUGUGGGUGGACGGAUCUCUUAUCCGCGACACUCCUGUGCCUGGAAUCCGGCAGGUCGAGUCCGCUUGA